CUGCGAGCCGCUCAGAAGCUACUGGAGACGGACGGGAACGCAUCGCGCUGUGAAUGAGCGCUUUGUUAACGCACUGCCCUGUCCUGUAUGAGAGAGGAGCACGGGAUCACCGGGACAGGAUACGGGCUUGCACUGGACCAUCAAAGUCGGGACGUUUUACAGGUGUCGGUGGAGUAAAGGUUCUGAGCCAUGCAGGAGACUGUGGACACCACCGAUCCCGCGUUAGCUCUGCCCGUGGGAAGCGGAGACUUCACGGAGCACCAGAUGGGACUCUCCGACAAGAUCCCAUUAAGGAAACCCUACUUUAAAAAGAAGCACGCGCAAAGAAAACUGGACGCGAAAUGCUUGCGCGCUUUAGAGGACCCUGUUUUAAGUACAUUAUUAAACACGGACGCGCUCAUGUCAGUGGACGGCGUGUUUGUUCCGCGAAACCCCUCGAGACCACAGCGGAAUAUAUGCACGGCAGCCGUUGAGAAGCAAUCUAGGAUCGGUCAGGUGUGCUUGAAAGAGGAGGAGGAUGAGGGCGCCGUGUCCGGGCUCAUGGCUGUGGACACGGACGCUGAUGUGACCGCGAGCGAGCUCCCUGGGGAGCAGAAGGUGACGGAUAUUCAGCGCGUUACAAUAGACGCUAAUGAGGGACGCUUCCAGCCCCAGGAGCGCGACGUGGCGGCGCCCUCCUCCGACGUUUCGGGGUCGAAGUUAAAUGACAUCUACACCGCGGAGACCUUGCAGGGUGCAAAUUGCCUCGCCAUCAAAGAGGGCUCGCUGAAAGGCGAGAUCUUUCAGGAUAAAAGCGAGGAGGCCUCUUUGGAUCUAGUGUUUGAACUUCUGACCCAGCUCCAGUAUCACACGCAUCAAGGGGACGGUAUAUCGAUUUGCGUGGAUUUUCUCCAGGGCGUCUGCGUCUAUGGUAGCGACUGCGCGCAUCAUCACACCGUUUUACCUUACCACUGGCAGAUCCGCAGAGCAGACACGCAAGUCUGGCAGAGCAUAGCAGAUGAUUCCCAAGAACAACUGGAAAGGCUUUAUUGCAAUCCUGACAACCAACAUGUCAGACUUAAGUUUCUGGGUCGAGUGUUUACAACGGACUUCGGUGAAAUGCAAGUUUUGGACCUGGAGUUUGACCUCAUCAGGCGUCUAUCCACGCCCUCCAGCUCUGAAGCCACACCCACAAAUACAACCCCCACCCCCAAUUGCCUGACUAUGUGGAAGUACUACUGUAGAGAUAACUUUGGCUGGAGGGAGUACUCGGAGCCAGUGGUUCGGUUGAUUGAAGAGGCAAGUGGUCGCGGCCUAAAGGAGGUCCGUUUCAUCACGCUGCAGAAUCAGUACAUCCUGAACAUUCGUGAGGGCUUCCAGCAAAACGCCGUGUUCGGUUUUCGUCGGCAAAUCAAAAAACGACCGCUCUUCAGAUCCUCCAUCAUGCUCACACCUUACCUCCAGACUCUCGGUGGCCUUUCCUCAGCAUUUCUCUCCUCCCUGGAAAGUUCUGGAAACCAGCCUCUGUCUCCUACAUUAGGCGCUCCCUCAAGAUUGUACCCAGAGACCUGGUUACCCGUAAACUCCAGUCAAGACUUUCUGCAGGUGCCCGUGUCCCGGGACGACCGCAGCUACCGGACCGUGUAUAGCCUCUUCCACAAGACCGUUUCUGAGACCAAAUUCCGCAUCCUCAAGAUCCUCCGCGUCCAAAACCCUUUCCUUUGGGAGAAGUACAAACGGAAGAAGGAGUACAUGUCACGGCGUAUGUCGGAGAUGGAUCGCAUGCUGAACGAGCGCCACCUGUUCCAUGGCACGUCCCAGGAUGUGGUGGAGGGCAUCUGCAAGCACAACUUCGAUCCACGUGUCUGCGGGAAGCACGCAACCAUGUUUGGCCAGGGCAGCUACUUUGCACGCAAGGCCGUCUAUUCCCAUAACUUUUCCAAACGGUCGCCCCGUGGCGUGCACUACAUGUUUCUUGCCAAAGUCUUGACGGGCAAGUUCACGGUGGGCAACCCUUCCAUGCGCCGACCACCUCCGCUGAAUCCAAGAGACCUUUCAAGUGACCUGUUCGACUCGUGCGUGGAUAACUGGAUGGACCCACAGAUCUUUGUUAUCUUUAAUGAUGAUCAGAGUUAUCCAUAUUUUAUUAUUCAAUAUGAAGAGGUGGGAAAUACAGUAGCUAUUUGAAGAGUGACGUACAUGUGGAUAGCUGCACUCUAAACCUGCGGGCACGGAUAGAAACGAAAAGAGGAGGGUUGUGCUCCUGCACUGCGAAUGGAACUCAUGGACCGUAUGGGAUACGUUCGACAAUGGAGAGCAUAGGAGCAACAACCAGUUUCCCACCCUCGCUGGUGUGAGGGUUAAUGUGUGACCAUUUAGUGCCCGUCUUCGCAUCCCCCUGUGAAUACAAAUGGGGAUUGUAUGUAUGUGCGUGCAUGUGCGUGCAUGGUGUCCCUCUGUGCUGGACAGUUUAGUGUGUGAAUCUUGUGUGCGAACGUGUGUAUCUGACGUGGCUUCCAUAGCUGACAGCGGGUUCAAAUCCAUGUUAGUUAAAGGCCUGUUAAUGGCUUGCCACUCGGACUCGGGGCUGUUGUUACAGCUUCACAUUGUUUUUUUUUUCCAAAAGACUCACCGUUUCUUUUAUUGCUGCCAUCCGCGUUCCAUACUUAAUUUGUGAAAGUUGUAAAUAUGAUUUUUCUUGUUUAUAUUUGAACUGUGUGCCUUUUGUUCAUAAAUAAAUUGUUUAUUUAUGUUAGUCAAUGUAACAAUGAGCAACUGAAAACAAUAAAAAGAAAACAUUAAACGUGA